UGUUGUCAGUACCAUGGUAACGCUUGUGUUUUUCUCAGUCAGUCAUGGAGGAGCAGAGAGUUCAAACCUGCGAUUUUUACAGGACAGAUCCAAAUCUUCCGUUCAGAUUUAACAACCCAGACUGUUUUCAUGGUUACAGUCAGACAAAUAACAACCCGUUAUAUCGAACAACCAACCAAACCUAUGGCAGCAAGAAACCAACUGUUCAUGAGAUACAGACGCAGUACAGAGGGAUGUCCCGUAAGUUUUCACAAGCGAUGCUGAGGAGUGGGAUGUAUUGCGAUCAUGGCUUCAACACGUCUGCGGACAGCAGCAGAGUGACGGCUCCCAUGGCAACCCAGACCAAAAAAUCCAACCUCCAUUAUUUACAUCACCAUAUCAACCAAAACAAAGACCAGGCUGAAAACAAGUAAGCCGCCUAUGUCUAAAUGAAGAGCUAAAAGUGACUACAAUAAAAAUAAAUAGUUACGGGUUUUAACCAACUUUUAACCAAAUCAAAUAAUAAUAAGGAUGAAUUUAGAUGUAAGUUUGUUAACUGGAGCAGAAUAAAACCUUUUGAGAAUUGUUUUUUUUCAUGUCUCUUUAAUCUCAAUAUGAGAGUAUCAGUACACCAUUUUAAAUGUUAAUAAAACGGAAUAGGUUUAUUCAGUCCUGGAUAAUAGAGUCAAAUGUUUUCAAUGUUUUGAACUGUGAAGACAGGAUUGUUUUAUUUUGUUGAUCACCUCUUACUGGAUUGAACUGUAGAUUUUAGAAGAAUCUAAAAUCGAAUCCUUCUUUUUGUUCUGAUGAUCAAACUCUCUUUUGUUAAACUUCAAGCUGUGAUGAUUAAUUAUAGAUGUGAAAGUGACACAUUCAUUAAACUGCAGCGACAAUUA